ACAAGGAGUUGUAGGAUCACAGGAGCAUAUUUUGGACUCUCUCUGGACCACAGCAGAACUUGACUCACCAUCACUUUGCAGACUUACUCAUAUCUUAAUAGAGUGGGGUUUCACCCAGGACACAAAUUCUGAUCCUGAGUUGGUCCCAUAUUUGUCUCUUCCAGCAUCAUCAUGGCGGAGUCUAGUUUCCCUCUACCACCAGACGAUUACUGUCCUCUGUGUGUGGACACACUGAGAGACCCAGUCACCAUCCCCUGCGGUGACACCUACUGCCUGGAGUGCAUCAAAAUCUACUGGGACCAGUUUGACCAAAUGGGUGUGUACAGCUGCCCACAGUGCCGCGCAACCUUCACACCACGGCCCGUGCUGAGACGCAAUCUGCCAGACGUGCACCACGAACCACGGCGCCAGCUCCCGGAGCUCACUCCGUUCCCCUACAUGCACAGGGAAUCCUUCUGCGAUUUCUGCGUUGGCCGUCGCAACAAGGCCGUUAAGUCGUGCCUCAUGUGCCUGGCCUACUACUGCGAAACGCAUGUCAAGCCACAUUAUGAGUCGUCCACCUUCAAGAGACACAAGCUGGUGGAUGAGACGGGCCACCUGGACAGGAAGAUCUGCCCCCAGCAUGAGAAGGGCCUGGAGCUGUUCUGUCGCUCCGACCAGAUGUGUAUCUGUGUGCUUUGUACUGUCAGAGAGCACCGCGGCCACAACAUUACCUCAGCAGAAGAAGAGCGCAUCGAGAAACAAAAAGUCUUGGUGGUCACCCAAUCUGAAGUCCAGCACAUCAUUCAGGAGAGGAUGAAGGAGCUGCAGGAGCUCAAACAUAAUGUCGAUGUUCUCAAAAGUGCUGCCCAGCGAGCACAGGCAGAAAGUGAUAAGACCUUCCAUGAAAUGCUGCAGGCGGUGGAGCGCUGGAAGGCUGAAAUCCAUCAGAUGAUAACGGCCAACAUGCAGGCAGCAAUGUCACAGGCUGAGGGCUAUGUGGACCGUCUGGAGCAGGAGAUACUGGAGCUACAGCGCAGAGAUGCAGAGCUACGACAGAUCCUCGAAACAGAGGACAACAUUCACUUUCUGCAGAAUUUUCCAACCCUGUGUGUCCCUCCUGAGGCCAUGGUGCCCAAAGUUCUCAUCAACCCUCAGUUCUCCUUUGGAGAGAUGAGCAAGACGGCCACCGAGAUGAAGGAACAUUUGGACGACAUCUGUAAGAAGGAACUGAGCAAAAUUUCCAAGACAGUCAGUGAAACCCCUGUGUACAUACUUCUGCCAAGAAAUGGAGACAAACGCCUAAAAGUUCCUUCCAGAGUUGAUUUUCAGGAGCCAAAGUCCAGGACAGACUUCCUAAGAUACUCCUGCAAGAUGUCCUUCGAUCCAAACACAGUCUACAAAGAGCUGGUCCUGUCAGACGGAAACCAGAGGGUCACACGGAAGAAAUCAGUCCAGUUUUACCCAGAUCAUCCAGAGCGCUUCGAUGGCUUCUCCCAGGUGCUGUGCAAAGAGCCUCUGACUGGUUUCAGAUUUUACUGGGAGGCAGAGUGGAGCGGGGAGUUUUCCAUCGGGGUGGCCUAUAAGAGUAUCAGUCGCAAGGGGAAGAAUUCGCACAGCCUUCUGGGUUAUAACGACAAGUCUUGGAGUCUCCUCUGCUCAGACUCAGGCUACUCUGCCUGGCACAACAAAGUAGACAAAGACCUUCCUGAAGCGCGCAGGGCCACGCGUAUUGGUGUGUACCUGGAUUAUGCAGGAAACACUGUGGCCUUUUACUCCAUAUCAGAGACUAUGGAUCUUAUCCACAGAUUCAAAGCUCAGUUCAGUGAGCCCUUGUAUGCUGGUUUUGGUGUGGGCUCCUCUGUUACCCUCUGCCAGCUGAAGCAGAAUCCCACACCUUACUAAGGAUGCUUUCAGACCUAGAGUUGUUUGCUUUGGUCCGAUUCGGGCACUAAUUUUGUUACAUAGUUGUAUCAUUGCCUAGAGUUGGUUCGUGUUCUCACCGCAGCAUUUACUAGCGGACCAGCUCAAAUCCCUUGCGCAAGAAAGCUGCUCUUGAUUGGUCAGAAUUUCCAUGCAGGAAAAAUUCAGGAAGUAAACAAAACAUUGAAGAAGAGUACACUUGCAAGAUAAAUAUGGCGCUUUCUAAUGGAGGGUCAACUACGCAGGUUGAUUUUAGCACUGCUCAUCUUGUAUUAUAUUGCUUGCAUUGUUCAUUUUAGGCAAACCAUACAGUUUGAAAACGAGGCGCAGCUCCAACUAGAAAACAAUGUUUUGAUGCAUUGGAUGUGCUGAAUGUGCAUAUUAAGGCAGUACAGGAGGAGGUGCACAUUAAUAAUCCUCCAGGACUGUAACAUGCUCAUGUUUAACCCAAACAAUGUGUAAUGUGACUGCAGUUGGUUCAGAUCAAGGUCGGAACACGUUCUCACCACAAAUGAACCGCACCAGAGUUCGUUUGUAACUGGACUGAGACCACCUCUUCAAGAAGGUCUCGGUCCGGUUGUUUUGUUGCACACCUGAGUGUGAUUGCUGUGUUCACACCUGCCCAAAUGAACCACACUUAGGGGACAAACGAGCUUGAGUUCGAUUGAACUGAACCAAACAAGGCAGGUGUGAAAGCACCCUAACUGACAGGGACGUUGUGGGGAGUCCAUUGUGAAAGGUAUAGAACUCAUAGUGCAGAGUUAUUUUCUGUAAAAAUACAUUUUAAAUCACUCUCAUUUAUUGUUGUUGUAUCCACACUCUGUAUGUUCCUGUAAUAUAUAGUGAUAGUGAGCUCAUUGAAUAUAAGUUCCUGUUUCCUGUUCGGAGAAAUAUAUGUUGAUUUAAUACAGACAUGGCAUGUAAUGCUAAUAACCUAUAUUCAGCUGUGUUGUUUUAAUGAGCAUUAACAUUGUGAGGCUGCAUUAAUCUGUAGAUCACUGACUAAAAUAUUGUGUUUGUAUGUACAGUAAAAACAAAAAUGUGAUUUUCAUAACUAUGUUUCCCUCAGUGUAUAAUCACUGUCAAUAAGAAAAGCUGUAUUUUUGUUUCCUUAAAAUAAGCUGUUUAUAUCUACAUACCAAGCUGUUCCUCUUCCACUGAACUGGCCAUAUUGUUCUACAGUAGCCCAGAAUGGACAAAUCACUGCCUCUAAAUAGGACCAUUUGCGUUUCCUCCCACAUGCUUGGCACAUGGGAGAAGUUUCAGUUUUGCAGCCUCACCACUAGAUGUCAUUAAAUUGUACACACUGGGCCUUUAAGUGUUAUAUAUUACAAUAUAUUGAUUCAUAUUUAUACAAAUAUUCUAAAAAAAAAAAAGUCAUUGGAUGCAGCCUUUGUAAAUAAUUUAACCUUGUUUAGUGACUCUCUUACAUUUAUCCUGAUGACAAACAUUAAUCAACACUGGGCACUAAACUUAUUCUUGUUGGUGAUGUAUAAAACAGUAAUGCACAGAUUGUCAAUAUCAAAGUGUAGAAGUCACAAUUUGUCAAUAAAUAACAAACAAUGGAAAACACACAACUGUAUUAUUUAAAACACAAAACUGAUUAACAGUCUUAUUCUUUAUUACUUUAUUACAUAUUAUAAAAAGCCUAAUAAGUUCAUCUGUAAAAGAGCAUUCAUUCUGCACCAGCAUUAUGUACUUUCUGAAGUUAAGAAUCUGAAAUAAAAUAUCAUAGGCUUUUUGAUGUUGUUGCUUUUAUAAUUUUUUUUUUUUUCCACUUUUCAAAACCUACUCAACCGAUUACGCCUUUAUGUAUGUAUGUAUGUAUGUAUGUAUGUAUGUAUGUAUGUAUGUAUGAGUUAAAAGGAGUGUUUAAUCAACUUUUUCUACUAAUA